AUGGCAGCAGCAUCAUCGCGGCCUCAGAGCGGGUUUCAUGCCGCGCCGACGCCGUCUCCCGUCGGCGGACGCAGCUUCAUCGACCAUGCCAAGCUGCGCAUCCUGCUCGCGCCCGUCGGCGACAUUGACGAGGCCGAGUUCGCCAAGUGGUGCGAUGCUGUGCGUUCGUUCGAGACGAUCCGCCUCGCCGACCUUCCCUCGUCGUGCGCCGCUCGACAGCAAGCAGCUCGCCAUGCAGCAUCCGGCAGCUCCGCAUCCGCAUCGACAUCAACAUCGCCUAUCCUGCAGACCGGAGAAAUCCAUCUAUCGUUCGUGACGAGCUAUGACCCGGACCACGCCUUUCUCGCGCCGUUCAACAUGCACAGACAGGUGCUCGGCGCACUAGGCCUGGCGACGUACUCGAACAACGCGCUGAAUCGUCACGAGCUCGAGGCGAGUCCGUCGGCGCUGAGGGAGCUCCACCCGGGCGCGCUGGUGCACCGCGUGUUUGGAUUCGACUCGGGAGCCAAGCGGCCCGAGACCGUCGACCUCAGCUCGAUCAAGGACGUCGUCGCAGCAAAGAUCAACAGCAGCCAGCGAACAGGCUCUCCACUCAAUCCUGCAGCGGCAGAUGCGGCAAGACCAGGCUCGGCGGCCGGUGAUGAUUCGGCGGGUGGGGUGUCUACGCCCCAGCUGCCUUCGUCCCCAGACGCCUCGGGCUUUUCCGCGCACAGAGACGGCGGACUGAUCAUCUUCCCGGCUGUGCGCAGGGAUGGAAAGGACGUACGGUUCUACCUCAAGACGCUCCUUGCGGAGCUCGUGGCCAACAUCCUUGAUGCACUCGAUCACAUCGUCACAGGGCUCGAAGGGACGCCGCUCGAGACGCCACGAGAAACACUCGACGGAAUCGCGUCCAGAAAUGCGUCCACUCCAACCUCUUCCGCAAACAACACCUCGUGGCUUGGCAAAACAGGAACUUCAGCGACGGGCGCCUCGCUCGCGGCCGGAAUGGGAGCAGCGGCCAGCCGUGCUUCGAGCCUUUUUGGCGCGUUCAGCAGCAGUAGCAGCAGCACUGCAGGAAGCACAACCGGCGAUGUAGGGACAGGCACUUCGACACCGACAUCCUCGCGGCCCUCGAGCGCGAUCGGUGGUGGAUCGCAUCCGUUCGACCUUGCCUCGCCAGGGUCAAAGACUGCCUCGCCCACAUCCGAGUCGACGCGGAGCAAGAUCCUCGCGGCGAAUGCUAACAAGAAGAGCGCCAAGCGCGUCACGAGUGCGGCGGCGACGGGACCGACCGGGUCGGGCCGGUACGCCAAGGUGCGUGCGGACUUGCAUCUGCUCUCCGGCAAUCUGUGGGCCGCGCUCGAGGCGUAUUCGAGUGCGCUGGUUGCGCUGGGCAAGGAGCGUGCGCUUGCAGGCGGGCAGGAUGCCGUGUGGUUCGCGAGCGCGCUCGAGGGCUUCUCGGUCGCGCGUGUGCUGGUGUCGCGCAUGGGCGGGGCGGUGCUGGAGAAGGCGCCGUGCUUCGACCUGCCCUGGUCGGCAGCCAAUGCCAAGGACAAGGACAAGGACAAGGAGAAAGACAAGGACGGCAUCCCACGCCCCUACGCCAAGCAGAGCUGGGGCGAGGUGGCAGAGGCGUACACGAUUGCGCUCGUUAUCUACGCGAAAUGCCUCGCGCCGCCGAGUGUGCUGCUCGAACCCGUGCGGUCGGUGACGAACGACUCGCCAAGAGACUAUACGCAUCCGCUCAUCCAUGCCAGUGCAUGCACGCAGUACGCGCGCUUCCUGCUUGCCGUCUGGGCGUCCGGUGGAUGGAACGGAGAAUGCUUCGACCAGCUCGUUUAUGGCGGUGUGCCACCGGCGCUGGCGGAGGAGAAGCCCAGCAAUGCCAUGUACCUUGCGCUCACCGCGAUCUCGGGCAUUGCCAGACACGACAUCGCCGCCGCUGCAUCGUCUGCGCUCACCCACUCGAUCAUCGCACUCAAACCGACCGACCAGAUCACACUGCUCAGCACGCUGACCGCCAUCUUUGGGUGCAUCGGAUUCUCGCGCCGCGAGGCACACCUGCUCCGACAGCUCCAGUCGACCAUUGUGGCGCUACUCGUCAAGGCGAAGCGCGUCAAUGCGCAGCCGCCAGCAACAGCGUCGCUGCCGUUGCAGCAGCACGCGCACUUUGACAAGGACGCCAGCGAGCUGCUGGGCAACAUGGUGGCGCAGACGACGUUCGACUCGCUCGGGCGCGGGCCCGAGGCAGUGCUGGUGCUCGCCGUACAGGUGUGCGAGACGUACGGCAUCCAUGUGGAGCUGGAUCCGUUGCGCGGGGUGCCGCCGUUCCACAUCCUGUCGCGCGCGUCCGAAGGACUGCGCAGUGCCUACGCCUCGCCUGCGCUCGCCGGAUCGGAAUCGUGGAAAGCCGAUGGCGAUCCGCGGCCGUCUGUGCAGGCGGCCCUGUUGACGCCCGAGGAGCUCGCGCAGGAAGCGCCGUACGGGUGGAAGGAGCAGCAGAUCGCACUGCUCAAGGAGGCCAUUGCCACCGCCGAGCUACUGACCGACUACGUGGGCAUGGCUUUCUUCGGCGCCAUCCUGCUGCGUGAUUUUAACGCGCUGCUGGAUGCCGACGAGCAGCGCGAUCUCAUCGUCGGCAUGCAGCGUGCUGUUCAGGCCGCACGCUGGGCAGGCGCCCAGGACCUUAGCCUCAAGUACUGGGGUCCCGUCGAGCCGCUCUGCAGCCUUGAGCUUCUCCCGCUCGCGGCCGACAGGCUUCCGCACGAGCGAGAAGCGAAACACGUGUGGUCGGACGCAGCGCCGAAGGCAGAGGAGGGUGUGGCGGGGCUGAACAAUCCGAUGUUCAUGAACCUCCCUGCGGCACGGACGUCGGCCAAGGCCAGGGCGACUGCGGUGCAGCACGAGCCGAUCCAUGUGAUGGCGACGUUGCAGAACGAUUUUGCGACCGAGCUGCACAUUGACAGCGUCAAGCUGGUUGCGGACGGCGCUGGAUUCGUGGCGGAAGAGAGCGAGAGGAUCUCGAUCCCACCGAUGUCGUUCCACACGGUGCGGCUGGCGGGCACGGCCAAGGAGGUGGGAACGGUGACGGUGCGUGGCGUCACGCUGACGCUCGCGGGAGGGUGCACCGAGGAACACACGUUCCUGCUGCCGGUGUACGACGAGGACAACGUGCGCGAGCGGCGCAAGCGUGCAGCCGAGGCGGACGACCGCAAGACGCGCCUCAAGGAAUGCGGUCUCGACGCGCGCUCAGCUGUGGUCAAGCAGAAGGCCGUGGCGGCUGCUGGCGAUACGAACCGCAAAGCCUCUGCGAACAAGUGGAUCGAGAUCUCCGCGGUGGGUGCACAGCCGUUGGUCGCGGCGUACUGCGGCGCGCUGAGCCCGCUCGGCGGCCUCGACAUGUUCGAAGGCGAGUCGCGGCUGAUCCAGCUCGAGCUGGAGAACGUGCACGCGUCGCUGGCGGUCAACUAUGUGCGUGUGGCGUUUAGCGACGAUGCGAGCGAGGCGGCGCAGCAGGCGCUGGCGGACGGCGAGCUGCUGCCGGCCGAUGUGCACGAGGUGGAGUGGGACCUUGUCCACCAGCCAGCGCUCUCGCGCGAUCCCUCGGACACGCGUGGCGACGCCGUGCACAUCGAAGCUGGCGCAUCCACGACGCUGCCUGUGCGCGUGACGGCCAAAGCAGGCUGCACGUACGCGGUGAUCUCGCUCGAGUACGCGCACCUGGACCGCAGCAAGGGUGCGACGACCAAGGUGCAUGUGCGCAUGCUCGAGGUGGCGUUCCGCCUGAGCGUGCAUCCGGUGGUGGUGUGUCGGGACCUGACGAUUGUGCCGCUGCGCAGCGGUGAGGCAGCUCGACUGACGCGCGAGUGUCUCGCGUCGGCCGAUGCUGUCCCUCCGCAACUCCGGACGUUUGGCGUCGAUACCGAGACGCAGGUGUCUAGCACGCCUGUGCCCCUCGAGGGUGGCGAGGCAGAGACGGACGAGGAGUACUGCCUGGUGAGCAUAGAGGUGAGCAACGUGCACCGCGAGGAUGUGCUGGUGCGCUUUGCGCUCAACACGGGCGGACUGGUCCCACUGCAGCUCUACCGCGUGUUGCGUGCCGGCACAACGACGCGGCUUGUGCUACCGCAUCCGCGUAUCGAGCUAGAUGCCACCGGUCAGCCCGCAACUGGGCAAGGCGCAAGUGGCGGACUGCCGGCGAUCCCUUCGGUCUGGGCCGGUGCGGGGACACGACAGUUUAUCGUGUCGAAGCUGCAGCUGAGUGCAGCCGAAGAAGCCGAGAUGCGCGCGACGUUUUGGUACCGCGAUGCGCUGCUCAAGCGGCUAGGUGGCGUGUGGAAGACGAUGCGCACGGAAGUUGCGCUUGCGGAGCGCGGUGGCAAGGUUCCUCUUCGCGGCAUGGUGACUGGUGGGCUGGAGAUGGACGCGGCGGAUAGGGAGGCGCUUCAGAAGUCCGUGGUGGGCAUAACACUCGCGUUCGAGCCGAACCCGGUGCGGGCCGAGGCGUUUGUGAGGGUGCGCGCGACGGUUACGAACCGGGUGGCGCGCAAGAUCCAGCCCAUCAUUCGACUUGUGCCCACGUCGCUCAACGGUGCCGCGGACACCGAUGCCCAGCUGCUCGCAAGCAUGGUGCUGGCCGACGGAACAUGGACCGCUCCAAGAGGAGACCCGAUCCCGCCAGGCGAGCAAGUCGACGUCGAGUGGCACGUGGCAUUUUUGUCGCCGGGCACGUUUGCCUUUGUGGUGAGUGUGCAGGAAGCCGAGCCACAGCAAGACCCCCGACUCGCACUAGUCUCGGCCGUUCACACGCUCACCGUCCUGCCCUGA